UUUGUGUUCAGGCUGGAGCAGCAACCUCUGAUGGAAGCCAGGCGGCAGGACUGGGGGGGAGAUCGCCUGGAUUUGUUUUCCCUCUCAACUGCCUGUUUCCGAGUCCCUCCCUGGGAAAAAGUGCUGCCCACCCAAGGAGGCAACCGAAUCUCCUGCUCUCUGUCUCUCUCUCUCACGCACCGCGUGAGUGUCUCGCUCGCUCAUUGAACUCAGUGCUUGUGUUUUCAGAUUGCUGGGACCUGAAAUCUAAGCGAAAUCUCAGCCUUCGCAUAAGCCUAGUGCUGCUGCAGCUGCCGAAGAGCAGAGAGAGGGGCUUCUUGGAAUCCAAUGGAUCUGAAAUCAGAGUCUAUGCACCGCCGUUGUUUUGGAAUAUCUAUAUGCUGAUCCUCUGUGGGGUGGCAAACCAGCUCAUUUGGGUGAACCAUCGGAGGAGAACAAGAUGUUUCUUACUACCUUGUACUUCGUUUUACCCUUAAUGAAUGUACUUUUGUCCGCAGAAGUGAGCGGGCUGCCAGGAGGAGACCGCCUUGACUGUGUUCGAGCCAGCGAUCAGUGUCUGAAGGAGCAGAGCUGUAGUACUAAAUACAGGACACUGAGGCAGUGUGUAGCCGGCAAAGAGAGCAACUUUAGCCGGGCGACAGGCCUGGAGGCGAAAGACGAGUGUAAAAGCGCCAUGGAGGCGCUGAAGCAGAAAUCCCUUUACAACUGCCGCUGCAAGAGGGGCAUGAAAAAGGAGAAAAACUGCCUGCGCAUUUACUGGAGCAUGUACCAAAGCUUACAGGGAAAUGACUUGCUUGAAGAUUCCCCCUAUGAACCAGUUAACAGCAGAUUAUCAGACAUAUUUAGGCUAGCACCAAUCGUAUCAGUGGAACCAGCACUUUCAAAGGGAAACAAUUGUUUGGAUGCAGCCAAAGCCUGUAACCUAAAUGAUACUUGCAAGAAGUUCAGAUCUGCUUAUAUAACACCCUGUACCAGCAGUACAUCUAAUGAAAUCUGCAACAAACGGAAGUGUCAUAAGGCUCUUCGGGUAUUUUUUGACAAAGUUCCCCCAAAGCACAGCUAUGGGAUGCUCUUCUGCUCCUGUCGAGAUACGGCCUGUACAGAAAGGAGACGGCAGACUAUUGUUCCUGUGUGUUCAUAUGAGGACAAGGAGAAACCAAACUGCUUGAAUUUACUGGAUUCGUGCAAAAAGAAUUACAUCUGCAGAUCUCGCCUUGCAGAUUUUUUCAUAAACUGCCAGCCUGAGUCACGGUCUAUUAGUAGCUGUCUGAAGGAAAACUAUGCUGACUGCCUCCUUGCUUACUCGCGGCUUAUUGGCACAGCUAUGACACCAAACUACAUAGACUCCAACAGUCUUAGUGUUGCCCCGUGGUGCGACUGCAGCAACAGUGGUAAUGACAUAGAAGAAUGCCUGAAACUUCUGAAUUUCUUCCAGGACAAUACAUGCCUUAAAAAUGCAAUUCAGGCCUUUGGCAAUGGUACGGAUGUGACUGUAUGGCAGCCAAUCCUAGCAGUACAAACCACCACAGCAACAACUACGACAGCUUCCAAAUUUAAAAACAUGGGCUCAGAGAGCACCAACAAUGAAAUACCCACCCACAAUGAUCUACCAGCAUGUGCAAAUCUGCAGGCACACAAGCGGAAAUCCAAUGAAUCUGUAGACACAGAACUCUGUCUUAAUGAGAAUGCUAUCGGAAAGGACAACACAGUCAGAGUCUCCACCAGUCACAUAUCUUCAGAGAAUUCAUCUGCUCUUCCUACAAGCUUCAGUCUAAGCACACUGCUCAUGUUGAUGACAAUUGCACUCUCAAUCUCUUUGUUCUUAAGUUCAUCAGAAACCUUGUAGCUGCAUUAUAAAAGGACAUGUUAAAACAAAACAAAAAAAAAUUCUGUUCCCUGUCCUCUGUUGUUUAUCUGAAAUUCCAGUUCUAGGAGCUGAGUUGAAGCACUCUGCUAAAACAGUUUCAUUCAACUGGAAUUCUUUCUUUCUUUCUUUUUUAAAGCUUCUUGUGAUAUUUAGGGGGCUUUGUGAAAUACUUGAUGCCGUGCUACAUUCCAAACCCAGAAGGCUUUUGGGCAUGCAGUGUUUUAAAGAGACAGUAUGUAAAUUGGCCUGUAAAGCAACCUGUUUGGAUUUUUUAUUUUUAUUUUAAUUCUGGCCUUUACCUAAGAAGGAAGAUGUCAGUUGUCUUAAGAUCCUAUUUAUCUCAUUUAAUGAUUUUGAUUUUAAAAAUGAAAUGAACAUCAGACUAACAAGGAUGCCAGGUUUUUGUCACAUGGUGAAUGUUCUCCCACAGAGUGGACUUCAUGAAACAUCUUCAUUUGAUAGUUUGCUACUGAUGUUAAACUCUUUCAGUGUAUUAGCAUUCUCCUCUUUAAAUGUUUAUGUAAUAUACGUGGUUCUGCAUUCCCUGCUGUGAAGCCAUUAUAAGUCACAUACAGGUGUACUGUGCAUCUUUCAGUUAAAAUCUCAUAAAAACAGAGUGUGAUAGCAAACUUUGACCAGUACUUCUAAAUUUUAAUUAAAUUUAGCCUUAAUGAGGGGUGAAAAUUCCUUAAAUUAACAAGAAGCAAUCGUUGUGAACACUUCAUAACACUAAAUUUAUUUAAAUUUUGAGGCUAUAUAUAAUAGAAACAAAUUUUGCUAAAGAGUUUCAAUUGUACAAUUGUUGGUCUUCUAUACUUCUAUUGUAAUAAUACAGUCUAGUUAUUUUUCUGUUGGUUUAAUAAAAAUGACAUACAAUUUAUUUCAUCUACUAAAACAGCAUUACCUGCUUAUAUUUACACAGUAUAUCAACUCUAAAAGUUAAGGGAGCUUUAUGCCUUAGCUCUCCAAUCACACCAAUGCAGACUGAAAAUAAGACAUAAAACAGAAAUGUGAUUGUGUAUCAUUUCUUAUACUACUAAAAUCAGCAUAUAAAGGGAUUGUUGCUUCAAUUAUGGGCACAGUCAUGCAAACCUCACCCAUGUGAGUGGUUUUUACUCACACGAGUAUUUCCAUUGUAGCUCACUGGGCUGCUGAUUGGAAUAAGGCAAUACAAGAUCGGGCCCAUACAUGGUUUAAAAGCAAUAUUGCUUAUGCACACAAUUUAAAUACUUUUGUUUUCAUUUGAUGACACCAACAUCCUAUGCUGAGUCAUGAUGAUUUUCUGCAGUAUCUAAAAAGGGAUUCUUUAAAGCUUUAAAUGUCAUCAAAUAGGCAGCAUAUUUCCUAAGGGCUGUCUGUAUACUUAACUGUGAUGGCUUGGUGACUGUUAUAAACAGUAAUCUGUUUUUGUUUUUAUUGAAAGUAGACGAUAACUGUGCUAGACAUAGAGUUCUUCAUGCUUAAUUUAUCGUUUUACACUGAAAACUAACAUGAUGUGUUUGGUUGAAAUUUCCAGAUCAGCUAUUUGUAAUAAAAAUACAAACUAGAAAUCCACUAAUGCUAGGAAUGUAAAAAAUAUCUCACUAACAAAUUGUUAAGCUAUUGGCUGAUCCGUACUUGGGAAUUUUCUUUUAACCAAGCUAAUAAAAGCAAUGCAAAAAAAUUCUCAAAUUCA